CUUACAUGUAAACAAUGAGCUUAGUCCAACGCUGAGCGAGUCGGUUAUCCCAGUUAGCUACCUGAAAAUAAUGAAUUAAUAUUAUCUGACAUGCUGUCUUGAAUGAAAUCUAUUGGGGGCAAUAGCGGUUAUUCUUGGAGAACAAGCGUGAUGUUGGCAAAGAGUGGUGAAUCGCAUCUCUGCAUGUCUGGCAGACAUAUCAGUGUGGAUGACGGAUCACCACCUCAAGCUGAACCUCGGCAAGACGGAGCUGCUCUUCCUCCCGGGGAAGGACUGCCCGUUCCAUGAUCUCGUCAUCACGGUUGACAACUCCAUUGUGUCCUCCUCCCAGAGUGCUAAGAACCUUGGCGUGAUCCUGGACAACACCCUGUCGUUCUCAACUAACAUCAAGGCGGUGACCCGUUUCUGUAGGUUCAUGCUCUACAACAUUCGCAGAGUACGACCCUGCCUCACGCAGGAAGCGGCGCAGGUCCUAAUCCAGGCACUUGUCAUCUCCCGUCUGGAUUACUGCAACUCGCUGUUGGCUGGGCUCCCUGCCUGUGCCAUUAAACCCCUACAACUCAUCCAGAACGCCGCAGCCCGUCUGGUGUUCAACUUUCCCAAGUUCUCUCACGUCACCCCGCUCCUCCGCUCUCUCCACUGGCUUCCAGUUGAAGCUCGCAUCCGCUACAAGACCAUGGUGCUUGCCUACGUAGCUGUGAGGGGAACGGCACCUCCGUACCUUCAGGCUCUGAUCAGGCCCUACACCCAAACAAGGGCACUGCGUUCAUCCACCUCUGGCCUGCUCGCCUCCCUACCUCUGAGGAAGUACAGUUCCCGCUCAGCCCAGUCAAAACUGUUCGCUGCUCUGGCACCCCAAUGGUGGAACAAACUCCCUCACGACGCCAGGUCAGCGGAGUCAAUCACCGCCUUCCGGAGACACCCGAAACCCCACCUCUUUAAGGAAUACCUAGGAUAGGAUAAAGUAA